UCACCCAUUGCGUUGGACAUCUCCAAUGUCUGGUUUCAUGUUACGUCGAUUUGUAGAGCUCAUUGCUAGUGGAGUGAAGACUGACAAAGGCUUUAAGGAGGUGCACUUAAACCAGGUGGCUAAGAAUUGUAGUGACCACUUUGGUCUUGCAAUAACCGGGACCCAAGUCUACAACCACCUCCGCAAGUGGCGUGCUAGGUGGGUGAAGAUUAGUAAGCUCCGAGACAUUAGUGGGUCACUUUGGGAUGAUACUAACUGUGUCAUAUCACUGGAGGAAGAGCACUAUCUGGGCCAUAUCAAGGACCAUCCCAAAGAUGUUGAGUACCUCAAUGUGCCUUUAGAGAACUAUGUUCAAAUGCUUGCUAUCUUUGGGACUGGUAUUGCUACAGGGAGGUAUGCAAUGGCAUCUAAUGAGGCUCUUGGGGUUGCUUCAAUGGUGGGAACCUCCCCAUCGGUUGUCAACAUUGAAGGUUCUGGUUUUGAAUUUGUUGUUGAUGGGAAUGAACCUGACUCGAGUGCUACUGCUGCUGCUCAUGGGGAAGCUGCUGUUGCUCAUUCCACUGGUAAAAGGAAGAGGGUUAGCCUCAUGAGCGAAGAAGAAGUUUUGGUCAUGACCAACAUGUCUGAAGCAGUCCGUGAAGUUGCUAAUGCUAUCAAGUCCACUACAGAGGCACAUCCUGAACUUUAUGAUGCUGUGAUGGAGCUCCCUGGUUUUAGUGAGGAUGAUCUAUUGAUUAUCUUGGAUUAUCUCAAUGAGAGUGCCAACAGGGCUAGGAGCCACUCAUUCGUGCAGAUGACGGAGACUCGCCGCACUCGUUGGGUCAUUCACCACCUUUCCAAGCUCAAGGAUGAUGUGCCCAAGGGUGGAGUGUGAGCAAAUCUUUGCUGAUUAACUAGUUGACCAUAUUUUAUUCCAUUUGGUCAAAAAAACAAUGCCCCUAUAUAUAUGUGAUGUAUGGAAUGUAACUUGAAUCUUAUGUGAUGCUUAUGCGAUGUACUGGAUUAAUAUGGAUGUGUGGCCCUAUAAUAUGUGAACUUUUAAGAUGUAUUGGAUA